CGUUUUCGCUUAAGAUUUGGUCGUCGAAGAAAACGAAAUACUAUUACGUCAUAUCAGCAACAGCAGCAAGAACAAGAUGAAAUGGAAGUUUCUUUAGAAGAAAUGACAUCUAAAAAUCCCGCCAACACUAGCAACAAACAAAAAGACGAUCCUACAAUUUUAUCUCGUAACGAUAAAUCAAAAUUAGAACGACGCAAAAAGAUAUAUGACAACUAUUCCGACACAGCAAAAUCACUUCUCUUAGAACUAGCAAACCUAGUUCACGCUCUCACCUUCCAAAAUGGAUCAGACGACGAAAUAACCAUUUGCAUCCAUCAAUGGAUCGUCACGAGAAAUACCACAUCUAAAUACCUCUUUAAACUUUUACGAAACAGCAUUCACAUACCACAAUAUGCUUGUCUCCUCGCAUUCUUUUAUCACUAUUCAAUCGGCACUAGAUUCAAUUCACGCAAAACACUAAAAUAUUAUCAGCUAGCCGCAAACAUGGGCGAUAGUUUCGCAGCGAAUCAAACAGGAAUUUGUUAUGCAUGGUCUAUCGGUGUUGAGAAAUGUGAUUUGCAAAUGGAAAUUCGGUAUUAUCGUAUUUCGGCAGAAUUGGGUCAUCCACAGGGACAGUCAAAUUUGGCGCACGCAAUAAGGAGAGGCAUUGUCCACGAGUUUUGUGACAAGCGUGAAGCGUUGUUUUGGUACUUAAAGGCUACAGAUACUGGCUACCCGGCAGCAUCUUGGUACGUCGCAGAUUGUUAUAAAAAUGGAUGUGGUACUAUGGUGGAUUAUCACAAGAUGCUUAUUUGGUAUACGAAAUAUUUGAAGAAACAAAAUGUGGCAAUUAGCCUGAAUUUCCUCAUUAACAAUAAAUUAUUUGAUGUUUAG